CCCUGCCCCUCCUGGCCAUGGAGGCACGGGGCGGCUGGUCGAAGUCCCUUGCCCUGGCCUUUCAGAAAGACUUGGCGUACCUGCAGCAAUGGCUGGAAACCUUUGUCGCAAAUUUCGAGAAGAUCAUCGCGGUGAAUUCGCUGGAUCCAAGAAGGCCCGAGGACUCCGUCUCCGAGAUCCCACUGCUGCCCUGCGACGUCCUCCACAUGCUGACCCAGCAGCUGACGUUCAGCGUCACCCAGGUCUCCCGCGACGACGAGGUGGCCGAGGCGGGACUCAGCCGGGCCCUCCUGCUCAUCAAGUUCUUCAUCAUCAUUUGCAGGAAUCUGGAAAAUGUCCAAGCAGACCAGCCCCCAGCGUUUGUGCGGGAAGUGAUCGGCCUGCUGUCUGCCUAUUCUAAAAAGCUCAAGAACACCCCAGGCCAGGGCUUGCCACACCGGGGUCAGCUGGAGAACAUCACUCUGUACGCCCUGCACCUCUGCGAAUGCCUCUUCGAUCCCUACCAGACGUGGAGGAGACAGCUGAGCGGGGAGAUCGUCAGCAUGAAAGAGAAGAGCAAAUACAAGUUUGCGCCGGCUGCACUGCCCCCAGAGUUCAGCUCCUUCUUCCAAGAGUGCUUCCGGGAGGGGGAACAGUUUCCAGAGGGGCUCCAGCUACGGCUCAUCCACCUCUUUGGCGCCGUAAUCUCAGGAUCCAAGCACAAUGCCCUGGCGCUGGUCACGCCGUCCUCGGUCGAGGUCCUCAUGCUGGUUCUCCGGAGGUGGUGCUCUCCGGCGAGCGGGCCUCCCAGAGAUCUCCGGUUACUGCAGCUGACCUUGAAGAGCUUGGUCGGGAUGGUCCACGUCCUCCACGUCAGCAGCCCCAGCCAGCGCCAGGUGGAGAUCCGGUCCAUCUUGGGCAGCUUCUUCCAGGUCCUCAACUCAGACCAGCCCAUGGCCUCGCUGGACGGCUCGCCGGGACCUCACUGGGAAGAGAAGCUCAUCGCCCUCCGGGUGAACAUGCUGGAUGCUAUUCCGGAAAUGCUGAACUGCGACGACCGGCCCGUCCUGCAGGCGAUCUUCCUCAGCAAUAACUGCUUCGAGCACAUCAUUCGGCUCAUCCAGAACAGCAAGCUCUACCUAAGUGCUGAGUGCAAAUCCUCGGGGAGCGAUCUCACCACCUCGUUGCUGACCGAGAUGGAUAUCCGUCAGGUCUUCGACACCCGUUCGGACGCCCUCGCGGUUCAUGCCAUCGGGGUGCUCACCUCCAUCAUGAGCAGCUCCCCCUCAGCCAAGGAGGUGUUCAAAGAACGGAUCGGCUACUCCCACUUGUACGAAGUUCUGAAGAGCCAGAGCCAGCCGACCUGGAGGCUCUUGCAGGAACUGCUGAACAUGGCGGUCGAAGGGGACCACACCUCUUGCCCCACCCGCCCGAUCCGCAACGAACAGCCGCUGCUGAUUCUGAUCGCGUGGCUUCCGGAGCUGGCGUCGCGGGACCUGCAGGUCUUCCUGUCCGACUGGCUGAAGAAGGUCUGCGACUCCUCCCUCCAGAGCCGCACGACCUGCGUGAAGGCGGGGAUGGUCGGCUGCCUGCUGGACGCCCUGUGCGCCGCCGAGCGCCAGCUGGAUGCCAAGUGCGCCGAGAACCUCAUCGGCCUGCUGCAGGUCCUGGGCGGCCUCUCCAUCCGGCCAGGCGAGUUCAAGCAGCUCCUCAAGCUCCUCCGGACCGACCCAGGCAAGGGACCCCAUCCGUACACCACCCAAGUCAUCCGCGCGCUCUCGGGCAUGGCCCGGAAGGACGGGCCGGAGCGAGCCCUGCAGUACUUUGACCUCACCCCCAGCAUGGCGGGGAUUAUGGUGCCUGCUAUCCAGAAAUGGCCAGGUAGCGGCUUUGCCUUCCACGGCUGGGUGUGCCUCGUGGAGGAGGCGAAGGAGUCUCCCGAGGAAGCUGCCAAGCUGAAGCGGAAGCAGCUGUACAGUUUCUUCACAGCCAGCGGGACGGGCUUUGAGGCCUUCUUCACAGCCGACGGGAUGCUGGUGGUGGCUGUCUGCACCAAGAAGGAGUACAUGACGGUCGCUCUCCCAGAGUUUCCUUUCAAUGACAGCGCCUGGCAUUGCGUCGAUAUUGUCCACAUCACCGGCCGACGGCCCUUCGGCCAGAACCUCGUGAACGUCUACGUGGAUGGUCAGCUCCGAAAAAUGGCUCAGCUGCGUUUCCCCUCCCUGGGUGAGUCCUUCACCUCCUGUUGCAUCGGCUCUGCCGGCCACCGGACGACCACCACGACCACCACCAACCUCCCCUCCCCGUGCCACUCACCAGACCUGGCCUUCCCGGCUCACCCUCCCCUGAGCCGCUCCCAGUCCUUCCCAGCCUCUCUGGCGCCGCACGCCUGGAUCCCCAUUCCGCCUCAGGUCCCCCGGGAAGGUGUGGUUUCCACGACACUCGCCGGGAGCCAGGACACCGAGUGGGGGAUGCCCACGUCCCUGGAGGGUCACCUCGGGCCCGUCUCGGUCUUCUACGAAGCGCUCCAGCCCGCUCAAGUGAAGGCGCUCUACUCCUCAGGACCAAAUGUUACAUCUCCGUUUAAGCCGGAAGGGGAUUUCCUGGAGUUCAGCAGCAAACUCCUCCUGUAUUACACACCACAGGCUUGCAAAGGCAACAUCUGCCUGGAUCUCUCCCCGAACCACUUCUUCGACGGGAGGCUGACGGGUCACAAAGUGGUGAACUGGGACGUCAAGGACGUGGUCAACUGCGUUGGUGGAAUGGGGGUGCUCCUCCCCCUGCUGGAUCAAGUGGCGUCGCAGAAAAAGGAUUCGGAAGACAAUCAGGAGACCCACGACUUGGUCGGCCCGGAGCUGACUUCUUCCCGGAACGCCCAGGGCCUGCUCAUCCCGCUGGGGAAAUCCUCAGAAAGCCGGCUGGAGAAGAACCGGGUGGCUGCCUUCCUCCUCCUGGUGAAAAACUUUAUCCGAGGGCACGCGGUCAAUCAAGAGAGCCUGGUCCAGUGCCACGGGCCGGCGAUCAUUGGAGCUCUGCUCCAGAACGUCCCCAGCCAGAUGAUGGACAUGAACGUGCUGAUGGCCUCUCAAGUCCUCCUGGAGCAGGUGGCUUCCGAAGGACACCACCUCUUGCUGCACCUCCUCUACCAGUACCUGCUCUUCGACUUCCACAUCUGGAGCAACAGCGACUUUGCCGUCCGGUUGGGCCACAUCCAGUACCUGUCCAACAUAAUUAAGGAUCACAAGCAAAGGAUCCGGAGGAAGUACGGGGUCCAGUACGUCCUAGACUCCAUCCGGACCUAUUAUGGGACUUACAAGGAGAAGCCGGUGGCCACGGACGACAUCAGGACAGUGCAGACCUCCCUCUUCAGCCUGGUCAAGGACUUCUUGUGCAGAAGCUUCUCCCCGGAGGAGAUGCAAAGCACCCUCAACUAUCUCGCGGCCGUGAAUGACGAGCACCAGGUGUGCGGGGUGCUGGAGGUGAUGCACAGCUUGCAGAAGAGCUCUCCUGCCCAGGAGCACCUCUUCACGUUCCUGUUUGAGCCGGGAAACAUCGAGAUCUUCUUCUCACUUCUCGUUCAGAGGAAGUUCUCCGAUGACGUGCGAGAGAGAAUAUUCAAGAUCCUGUACAAGCUGCUGAAAUACGAGAGGGUGAGCGAGCGGAGCAAGCACCGCCUGAAGCUGAAAGACAUCGGCUACCAGGGCUUCAUCUCCUCCCUGAAUGACGUCCCCGUUUCCAUGCAAGACACCUCUUGGAACGCCCCGAACUACAAGGAUUUGGUUGCGGUGGUUUACCUGUCCCAUCGGGCGGAAUUGACCGUCAGGCUGGACAUCUGCAGAAAGCUCUUCCACCUGAUCUACUCCCAGCACGACAUGGUGAAGCAGCUGGCCAAGCUGGCCAGCUGGCAAGAUACCCUCACCAAGCUGUACGUCAAGGAGUCCUACGAGUCCCGCCAACACAGCUUGUCGGGGUCCACCAACAGCGGGGGCUGCCUCGAGCUCCUGAGGAUCUCCGACCCGCCGGCCCCAGAAACGGGGAGGGAGUCCACAGACACCCUGAGCCCUUCCACCACCGAUCUCCAGGACCUCGACGUCUUCCUCCCGCUAGGCUACGAGGCCUCGGACCAAGAGCUUUCAGAAGGUUUCUCGGACCACUCCAUCUCCCCCACCAACCAGCGGGGCAAACCUUUCCACCCCUACGGCUUCAAACCCUUUGACUCCUUGGACCUCGCCAGCCAUUCCUCAUCUUCCAACAUCAUCGACCUUCCCGGGCAGGGUGACGCCCACGCCGGAGACACGGUCCACGUGGACAGGGUCUACCACCCUCUUUCUCCCUUCUCCAUGUCCCCCUUCGACCUCGGUUUGGACAUGGGUAGCACCAGUUCCGCAGCCACGGCCGAGAGUGGGAACCAGACACCCGUCAGCUUACCCGGAACCCCUUCUCCCCUGGAGAACUUCAAGCCCUUCCCGGGGACACGAGCCCGGAAGAGUUCCAGCCUCUCCAACGUUCUAGAUGAGACCAGCUACCAGGAGAUGUUACCCAGCGACAACAUCUCCAACACGAGCAACCCUCAGCAGACCCCCGAGGAAGAGCUCUGCAACCUCCUGACCAACAUCAUCUUCUCCGUGACCUGGCGAGGGGUGGAGGGCUGGGACGACGCGGCCUGGAAGGAGCGGGGCCAGGUCUUCUCCGUCCUCACCAAGCUGGGCUCGGCCUGCGAGCUGGUGCGCCCCCCGGACGAGAUCAAGCGCAGUCUCCUGGAGAUGAUGUUGGAGUCGGCCUUGACGGACAUCAAGGAGUCCACUCCCGCCAUGCUGCCCAGCCUCACCCAGAACGCACUGAAGCUCCUGCGCCUCCUUCAGGAUUUCUUGUUCUCGGAGGGCCAGAGCAACCCGGCCUUGUGGAGCGAGAAGGUCUACGAGGGUGUCAACAGCCUGCUGGAGAAGUUGGCGGUCUGGUACCACUUGGCCAACGGGACUUCCGACUUGAAGGAGAUGGCGCAGAUCGGCCUGCGCUUGCUCGUCGGCUACAUCGUGCUCGAGGAUGCGCAGCUGCAGUCCCUGGCCUACGCGAAGCUCCACAACUUCCUCCAGACGGCCUCGGCUCUCAAGAAGGAAGAAGCCUGCUACCUGCUGGGCAAGCUGGAGACUCCCCUCCGGCGCCUGCUGCACACCAAGUCGGAGGCCUUGUCCGGGCUGGUGCCCAUCAUCCGCACCCUGAUGGACCAGUGUUACGAGGCCCUACAGCUCCAACACUUCCUCCCCUCGCUGCCCCCCACCAACGGCAGCGGCACCUUCUUCGAGGACUUCCAGGAGUUCUGCACCACGGCGGAGUGGAAGGCCUUCAUGGAGAAGCAGGUGCAGCCCAACAUGACCCAGUUUGAAAUGGACACUUUUGCCAAGAGCCACGACCACAUGUCCAACUUCUGGAACUCCUGUUACGACGCCCUGAUGAGCAGUUCGCUGAGGAGGGAGAAGGAGAAAGCGGAGAGCAGGAGGAAGUUCCAGGAGCUCGUCCUGGAACCGGUGAUGAAGCGAGCCAAGUACGAGAACAUCCGGCACACCAACAUGCUGAAGCAAGUCAACAACCAUCACAACACCGUCUUGAAGCAGUGGAGGGCUCUGAAGCGCCUGCUGACCUCCCAGCGCUCUGCCUGGGCCGACCGGAGCCCUCCGGAGAUGCACUGGAAGCUCUCGAGUGCCGAGACCUACUCCCGGAUGAGGCUGAAGCUGGUCCCCAAUUACAACUUCGACUACCACGCGGAGGCCAGCGCUCUUCGCGACAACCUGGGUAAGGAAAGCAUCCCGUUGGAUAUACCUACGGCAGAGGCCUUCCCCCUGGCAGUGGCCAAGGAGGCGAAGGUCAGUAAAAUGCAGGACGACCAGCUGGCGGAAGAGGAACUCCUGGGUCUGGAGACCAAGGUGGAGAACAAGGAGCAGAGUCAGCGCGAGAAGCUGGUGAUCUCGGAGGACUGCGAACUCAUCACCACCGUGGCCGUGGUCCCGGGACGCCUAGAGGUCACCACCCAGCACCUCUACUUCUAUGACGGCAGCAGUGACAAGGAGGAGACCGAGGAAGGGAUCGGGUAUGAUUUCAAGCGCCCCCUGUCUCAGCUGCGGGAACUGCACCUCCGCCGGUACAACCUCCGCCGGUCUGCUCUGGAGUUCUUCUUCAUUGACCAAGCCAACUACUUCCUCAACUUCAAGAAGAAGGUUAGGAACAAUGUGUAUUCUUCCAUCCUCGGCCUGCGACCCCUGAACCAGAUCUAUUACGGCAGCCGUUCUCCUCAGGAGUCACUGAAGGCCUCCGGCUUGACUCAGAAAUGGGUCUACCGGGAGAUCUCCAACUUCGAGUACCUCAUGCAGCUCAACACCAUCGCGGGCCGCACCUACAACGAUCUCUCCCAGUAUCCUGUGUUUCCAUGGAUCCUGAAGGAUUACGUCUCGGAGACGCUGGAUCUCAGCAACCCCGCUGUGUUCCGGGAUCUUUCCAAGCCCAUUGGGGUGGCCAACGAGAGGCACGCCAAGGAUGUCAAAGAGAAGUACGAGAGCUUCGAGGACCCCACAGGCAUGAUCGACAAGUUCCACUACGGUACUCACUACUCCAACGCGGCCGGCGUCAUGCACUACCUGAUUCGCACCGAGCCAUUCACGACCCUCCACAUCCAGCUGCAAAGCGGGAGGUUUGACUGCUCUGACCGCCAGUUCCACUCCGUCCCCGCGGCGUGGCAAGCCCGCAUGGAAAACCCCGUGGACGUUAAGGAGUUAAUCCCGGAAUUCUUCUACUUCACGGACUUCCUGGAGAACCAGAACGGUUUUGAUCUGGGCUGUCUUCAGCUGUCGAAUGACAAGGUGGGGGACGUGGUCCUCCCCCGGUGGGCAAAGUCCCCCGAGGACUUCAUCCGCAAGCACAGGCAUGCUCUGGAAUCGGAGUACGUCUCCGCCCAUCUCCACGAAUGGAUCGAUCUCAUCUUUGGGUACAAGCAGAGAGGCCCAGCAGCCGUGGAGGCGCUGAACGUCUUCUAUUACUGCACCUAUGAAGGGGCAGUCGACUUGGACGCAAUUGCUGACGAAACCGAGAGGAAGGCUUUGGAAGGCAUUAUCAGCAAUUUUGGUCAGACCCCGUGCCAGCUGCUGAAGGAGCCCCACCCAGCCCGCCUGUCAGCCGAAAACGCCGCGCAGAGACUCGCUCGGUUGGACACCACGUCCCCCAACGUGUUUGAGAAUCUCAGUCAGCUCAAAUCCUUCUUUGUGGAGGGCAUCAGUGAUGGGAUUCCGCUUGUGCAGGCCGUGGUCCCCAAGAACCAGGCCCACUCUUUCAUGACUCAGGGAUCUCCCGACAUGCUGGUCACUGUCAGCGCCAACGGGCUGCUCGGGACCCACGGCUGGCUGCCCUACGACAAGAACAUCUCCAAUUAUUUCAGCUUCACCAAAGACCCCACGGUCUCCAACUCCAAGACCAAGCGCUACCUGUACGGCCCCUUUGCGCCUGGGGCGGACUUGUCCUUCAAGACCCUCGCCAUUUCCCACGACGGGAAGCUCCUCUUCAGCGGGGGACACUGGGACAGCAGCCUGCGCGUCACCUCGCUGAGCAAAGGGAAGGUCGUGGGGCACAUCAACAGGCACAUAGCCAGACAGCUAGCGGCCCUUUGGAAACCCAAAAGCAGAUCACUCUACAGAAGCCGUGACACAGAUAAAGUUCUGGUUGACCACAAGCUAGCCAUGAGCCUGCAGGGCGAUGUGGCUGCGAAAAAAGGUGGUUUCUCUUGCGGCCUGGCACCCAAGCCUGUCCAGGUUCUCUACGGGCACGACGAUGAAGUCACGUGUGUGGCCAUCAGCACCGAGUUGGACAUGGCCGUGUCGGGGUCAAAGGACGGCACCAUCGUCGUCCACACCAUCCGCCGAGGGCAGUUCAUGAAGUCGAUCCGUCCCCCUUGCGAGAGCUCCCUGCCGAUCACCGUCUCCAGCCUCGCGGUGGGCCAGGAGGGGCAGAUUGUGGUCCACACCGCCCUGGAGGGAAGGGCCUCUCUGAAGGUGGGGUUUGCCCUCCACUUGUACUCAGUCAACGGCAAGCACCUGUCUUCCAUCCCGCUGGACGAGGAGGUCACCGCCAUGUGCAUCACCGGGGACUUUGUCGUCCUGGGGACCGUUCAGUGUUCUCUGCAGAUCCGGGAGCUUUGGAGCCUCCAAGCGGCCAUUUCCCCUUUGUCCAUGAGGGUCCCCAUCCACAGCGUCUCUGUGACCAAGGAGACGAGUCACAUCCUGGUGGGACUGGAGGACGGGAAGCUGAUCGUGGUGGGAGCCGGGCAGCCGUCCGAGGUGAGGCCAGGUCAAUUCCACAGGCGGCUCUGGCGUUCAACACGGCGCAUCUCCCAGGUGUCGUCCGGCGAGACGGAAUACAACCCAACAGAGUCCAAAUAACCAUCUCGGGGUCAGCUUUCCACCUUCCUGUUGCCUUCCGUCUGUGGCAGAGGGACCAAGAUCUGUCCGGCCUCGUCUGCUGGGAGCGUUCUUCAGCCACUCCCCUGCUAGCGGUCUGCCGCUGACGGUCUCCUUGCACAGUCCCUGGUUUGCAGCUGCGGAAACUGCCUCAAGGGCUCCUAUGCAAACCAGAGGUCUGCUCCCCUCUCACACUGUGCUCCGGGGGCGGUCGUGCACAGGACAAUCUCCGGAGGGGGCUCUCGAGAGUCCGUCUAGCUGUCCCUCCCUUAUUUCUUGAUUCCUGUUAUUAUUAUUAUUAUUUGAUUCCUGUGGAGCUUGAAGUGGCAAAUGUUUGUAUUAGUUGUCUUACACUGGAAAGAGAGAAAGAGGACAGAGAGGGGAUGGGAGGGCGAGGACUUCCGUCGCCUCCUGCCACCCGGCGGGGAAACAAAAAUGCAAUAGACAUACGCCAGCCUCAAGACAGCGGGCUGGUCUUUUCUCCGGUGGCCUUAAGCAGACCUUUUUCUUGCGCUACGUAGAA